AUGGCUGAAAAUCCAGAACAACCGGGCGGUAAAAAGCUCGGUACUCUACAGAGUGACACCUCUAAUUCUGCAACUCGCACUAAUGAGUACUCAAAUACUCAACAAACCCGUGCUGGUACGACAAAGAUGAAGUUUGCACCAAAGAUACAACCACGCAAGAAGCCAGUAGAGGUUAAGCAAGAAUCCGCUGAGUCCAGUACACGAGGCAGAGGUAGAGGCAGAGGCAGAGGUGACGCAUCUAGGGGUAGAGGUAGAGGUAGAGGUGAAGUCCAGAUGACGGCUUCAGGUCCCUUCGCUAUGGGUCCUUCAAAGAACGCAGGAAUGGGUAGAGCUCGUUCUUCAGCUGCAGCUACCGGUAUAACAAUUGGUGGUAAUAGACAGGCAAUGCAGAAGGAUGCCUCGCAAUUAUCUGGUGGAAAACCAUCCGUAUUAGCAGGCGAUAGAGGUGCAACGAUCAAAGACGAACCUGAACAAUACUCUGAGAAUGAGGAUGAAGGUAUGGAAAUCAUCGAUAUACAGCGAGUUGGUGAGUUGGAUCAAAACGCUCCAACUACUAUACCUAGAGAGCAUUACAAAUAUGAGACAAAGAAGGAUAAAAAGAAAAAGAAGGAUGUUAAAUUCAAUGUUAAAUCUGAACAGAAAGACAAAGACGGUGAUGAUAAGAUGCAAGAGGACGAAGAUGACGAUAUGGAACAAGCUGAUGUAGAAGAUAUCGCAGAGGGUGGAUUGGACCUCAGUGAAUCAGAAGAGGAAGACGAGACUGAAGACGUUGCUCAUGACUUUACAGUUGGUUUGGAAGCUGAGGAAGACCAGCUGCUCUUCUUCCAGUUUCCGAAGACAUUUCCAAAAUUUGCAGGACCACCUAAGCUAGCAAAUACAGACAAAAAAGUAUCCUUCGCUGAUGAGGAUGACAAGAAAGAAUCAUCUGAAAGUGAUAAAAUGGAUGUCAAAGAAGAAAGCAAACCUGAUGUCAAACCCGACGUCAAACCGGAUCUUUCUGAAGUUGAUCAAACUGGACAUGAUGACGACGCAGAGGGUGAAAUUGGUGAACUGCUGGUAUACGAAGAUGGCCAAGUUAAGAUGCAUGUUGGAAAUGGAAUAGUGUUCGACAUGAAUAGAGCUACACAACCUUCAUUCGUCCAACACGUCGUAUCGAUCGAUGAUCACCAUAGACAAAUGUCAGUACUUGGUGAAGUCGGUCUAAGGUAUUCUGCAACACUUGAUAUAAAUAGAUUAAUUGAGCAGAUGUUUUUGGACGAACAAAAGCAACGCGAGGAGCAAGAAGCCGCUGAUGCGGCAAAAAGGGGAGCUUGA